GGGCGGGUCUUCAGUUUGACAGGUGCAUCGCGCCCAGAGAACAAGCAUUUCCCGACAUUUUUCUGCGUUUAAAUCCGUCCAGAUGUAACCGAGACCCGGCGGGACCAUCGACAGGAUAUGCCUUAAUGUAUUACAUCCCUGAGGCGCGGAUGGAGGAGGUGCGUUCCCGUCCUUACAUCAUCCCCGUUCGGCCGGGUGGAGACAUGAAUCCCGCCCGCCGUAGAGAUUCUGGAGUGUGGCACCAAACUCGCAGCUUACUCUACAAGAACCUGCUCAUCAAGUGGAGGACCAAGCAGCAGUCUCUCCACGAGCUGAUUUUGCCUCUCUUGCUGCUCGCGCUGCUUAUUCUCAUCAGCACAUUGAACCCUCACGUUUACUAUGGAAGCGUCAGCACGAUGGAGCUGGAGCAGGACACUCCGUUCCUCAAAGCUCUGGGCUACACUCCCAUCAACAACAUCACUUCCAGCAUCAUGGAGGAGGUUGCUCAGGAGCUACACAUUGAGGAGCACUUGGAGGUGUUUGCCACAGAGGAGGACCUGGAGAACGCGUCUCUGUAUGAACCCUCCAGUUUCGUAGGGGUCGUGUUUUUGGACAAAGCUGCCACUUCGUACAGACUCAGAUUUCCCUACAACCAGCUGCCCCUGCCCAGCGACUACACCGAGACUUUCGCAAACUGUCUCUCCAGCUCCACAAACUGCAGAGCUGCAAACUACUGGUACUCGGGCUUCACCAGGCUCCAGUCUCUGAUCGAUGCCGCCAUCAUCCAGAUGCAGACGAAGCGUUCCGUGUGGAGCGAGCUGGACUUCCGUGUGGUGAUGAUGGGGCAGCCCGGCUCGGUGGAGGUGCAGAAGUUCCCUCACGCUCUCAUCUCCAUUUACCUGGUCCUGGCCUUCACGCCGUUCGUCACCUUCCUCAUCGUCAACGUGGCCGCGGAGAAAGAACAUCGGCUCAAAGACACGAUGACCAUGAUGGGGCUCUACGACACUGCGUUCUGGUUGUCUUGGGGGCUCCUCUACGCUGCUCUGGUCACCUCCAUGUCCGUGCUCAUGUCGAUCAUCGCCACGUACACGGCCCUCUUCCCAAACAGCCACUUCCUGGUCAUUUUCCUCCUUAUUUUCCUCUACGGCAUCUCCUCUAUCUUCUUCUCGUUCAUGCUGACUCCUCUGUUUAAGAAGCCUAAGUUUGCCAGUACAGUGGGCUCUAUGCUCACUGUGGUGUUUGGAUGUCUCUCACUCUUCACUGUUUUAAUGAGAGACUUCCCUCAACCUCUGGUGUGGCUCCUGUGUCUGUUAUCACCGAGCGCCUUCUCCAUCGCCAUCGCUCAGGUGGUGUACCUGGAGGCACAGGGUGAUGGCGCUGUCUUCUCUUCUCUGUUAAAUGGACCUCAUCCUCUCUACGUCCCUCUGCUCAUGCUUGUGUUAGACUGUGGGCUCUAUCUGCUGCUGGCUAUUUACCUGGACCAAGUACUGCCAGGAGAGUUUGGGAUGCGACGCUCUCCGCUGUACUUCCUGAAGCCGUCCUAUUGGUCCAAACGCAGUAAACGUUACGUAGAAGUGAGCUCAGGCUGCGACACAGAGGCCAACGGAACAACAGAGGGCGCUGUAUCCAUCGAGCCCAUCUCCCCAGAGUUCAGAGGCAAAGAGGCUAUAAGGAUCAAGGACAUUCAUAAAGUUUAUAAAGAGAAGGACAGCACAGUGGAGGCUCUAAGGGGCCUGACCUUUGACAUCUAUGAGGGUCAGAUCACUGCUCUUCUGGGCCACAGUGGAGCCGGGAAGUCCACUCUGAUGAACAUCCUGUGUGGAAUCUGUCCCCCAACCUCGGGCUCCGCGUUCAUCUACGGCUCGCCUGUGUGUGAGGUGGCAGAGAGGCAGGAGAUGAAGCAGCUCGUGGGCAUCUGUCCUCAGUUCAACAUCAUUUUUGACGUCCUCACUGUCGAAGAACAUCUCAGAACAUUCGCCGCAAUCAAAGGCAUCCCCAGGAACCAGAUUGAUGAUGAGGUGUCUAAAGUUCUGAAGGACCUGGACCUGGAGAAGAUCCAGACGGCUCAGGCCAAAAACCUGAGUGGAGGCCAGAAGAGGAAGCUUUCUGUGGGCAUUGCCAUCCUGGGAGACCCCAAGAUCCUGCUACUGGACGAACCAACCGCCGGGAUGGACCCCUGCUCCCGACACCAGGUCUGGACUCUGUUAAAGAGCCGCAGGUCAGAGAGGGUCACUGUCCUCAGCACACACUACAUGGACGAGGCUGAUAUACUGGCAGAUCGAAAAGCAGUGAUCUCUCACGGACAGCUCAAGUGUGUGGGCUCCUCUCUGUAUCUGAAGACCAAGUGUGGGGUCGGCUACCACCUCAGGAUGUCAAUCACAGAGUCAUGUGACCCAGACAAAGUCUCGUCUCUGGUCCAGAACCAUGUCCCCAAAGCCCAACUGUCCCGACGCCAUGAGAGCGAGCUCACCUUCACUCUACCCUUAGAGAAUGUUGACACUUUCCCAGGCCUGUUCUCGGAGCUGGACUCUGCUCCGUCUCUGGGCAUCACUCACUACGGCGUUUCCAUGACAACGCUGGAGGACGUGUUCCUGAGGUUGGAGGCGGAGGCUGAGGUCGACCAGGCCGACUACAGUGUGUUUAACCGAGAGCAGCCAGAGGAGGAGGGCGACACUACCUCUGUGGAUGACCUCGAUCAAAGACUCCUAACCUUCUCUGAGUCUGACGGGGUCAAAGGUCACACCCUGUGGAGGCAGCAGUUCAGCGCUGUGGCCUGGCUACACAUGCUCAACAUGAGGCGGGAGAGGAAGGCCUUUGUGUACACUUUUGCCUUGUUCCUGGUCUUCAUAGCUGCCGUCCUGGUUCUCUCUUUGGCCACUGGGAACAUUCAGAUCCAUUCCCCUGACAGAGAGUUCCUCCCCGUGUAUCUGCUGAGGAGGAACCAAGCCCCACACAGAUACGCCACCAGCCUCCUGGUACAGAACUCAUCAGACUCGGAUAUCUCAGAGCUGAUCCAUAACCUGGAGUCUCAGGAUCUUCAGGUGGAAAUGAUGAGACAAAACGACUUUAUGUCUGCAGCUCCUCACAGCGCCGCCAUCAACGUCACCGGCUCCAACAAGGGUUUCCGGUACAUUCUGGCAUUUAACAGCACCACGGUUCACUCUCUGCCCAUGACUGUGAACAUCCUGAGUAACGCUCUGCUCCGAGGACUCAACGGCUCCACACGCAUCAGAACAUGGACCAAGCCCUUCGACUACAAAAUCCCAGAUGCCACGUCCUAUGCCCUGGUUUACAUCGAGGCCAUCAUCCUGGGCAUGUUGGCUGCUGGGAUGCCUGCGUACUUCGCCAUGGACCACACCCGGGACAGGGAGAUCAAAUGCCGUUCGACUCUGCGUAUCUCCGGUCUCCUCCCCUCUGCGUACUGGUGCGGUCAGGCCGCUGUGGACAUCCCCUUUUUUUACCUCCUGCUCUCCUCCAUGACCGCCAUCCUCUUCAGCUUCCACACCAGCUCCCUGCCCAGCUCCAGCAACAUCACCGCCGUGAUCCUGUGCAUAAUCGGCUUUGGUCCGGCCAUGAUCCUCUUCACUUACGUGGUGUCGUUUGUUUUCGCUCGAGUUCAGAGUAACAGAGAUUUCUUCUCCGUCAUCUCCAUGAUGGUGUGUGUGGUGUCUGCUUCCUUGGUGCAGUUGACUUUUGUAAACGACAGUCCAGCUCUGACCAGGAACCUCCACAACGUGCUGUGUAUGUUUAACCCUCUGUACCCCCUCAUGGGCUGCCUCAACUCCAUCACCAAGGCCACGUUUCUAUCAUCUCUGAACGAGGACAACUUCUUAUGGAAAAACCUUAUUAUCGCUGUGAUCGCUCCGUACCUUCAGUGCAUCGUGCUGCUGUUUCUCCUGCGCUGGAUGGAGAUCAGUUUUGGAGGAAGCACCUUAAAGUCGGAUCAGCUCUGCAGGAUUUCCUCAAAGUCAAAGUCGAGGCAGGAGCGUGUCCCGGAGGAGACGGAGAACGAGGAUGAAGACGUGAAGAUGGAGAGAGCCAGAGUGAAGGAGGCUCUGAACUGUCAGCCGUGUGAGGAGAAGCCUGUAGUGGUGGUGAGCAACGUCAGGAAGAUUUACAGAGGAAAGAGAGAGGGAUUCUCCUUCAGCAAAAACAGAAAAGUCGCCACGAAAAACGUCUCAUUCUGCGUCAAAAAAGGUGAAGUUCUGGGUUUGUUGGGUCCAAAUGGAGCUGGAAAAACCACCAUGAUGCACAUGCUAUCAGGAGACACCGACCCCACAUCAGGACAGGUUUUGUUAGGGCCCCCUCCUGUGGACCAUGUGGGGUACUGCCCUCAGCUCAGUCCUCUUUGGCCCAGAGUCACUCUUCAGGAGCAUCUGGAGAUCUAUGCUGCAGUGAAGGGCAUCAGAGGAGAGGACGUCCCGGGGAUUGUCAAGCGGGUGGUAGAUGCUCUGGAGCUGAAGGAGCAUCUGCACAAACAAGCCAAGACUCUCUCAGCGGGAACCAAGAGGAAGCUGUGCUUCGCUCUGAGCAUGCUCGGAAACCCUCAGAUCGUUCUUUUAGACGAGCCUUCUUCAGGGAUGGACCCCAAAUCCAAACAGAGGAUGUGGCGAGCGAUCCGAGCCGCUUUUAGGGGGCGCCAGAGAGGGGCCGUUCUCACCACACAUUACAUGGAGGAGGCAGAGGCCGUGUGCGACAGAGUGGCCAUCAUGGUGUCUGGACAGCUCAGAUGCAUUGGUUCGAUCCAGCACUUAAAGGGGAAGUUUGGCCGUGGCUACAGUCUGGAGGUGAAGCUCAGAGACGAUCUGACUGGGCUCCAGCAGGUGGCGCUGUUACACAAAGAGAUACUGAGGAUAUUCCCCCACGCAGCCCGACAGGAGAGUUUUGCGACUCUGAUGGUUUAUAAAAUCCCCAUGGAGGACGUGAAGUCUCUGGCCACGGCUUUCUCUGAGCUCGAGAAGGCGAAACAGUCCUUUAACUUUGAGGAGUACAAUUUCUCUCAGUCGACUCUGGAGCAGGUGUUCCUGGAGUUUGCGAAGGAGCAGGAGAGUGAAGAGGAUGAGAUUGGGUCUCUGAGCACUCACUUUCAAUGGCAACGACUGAGACAAGAUGGAGCCAACCACACAGACAGCAUCGUGCACCAGCUAUGAGAAAAGACCCCACAAAGACCAGGUUUAGACCGAGUUUAGACCGGUUUUGGACCUGGGUCAGGACUGAGGAGAAAACUUCGCGAAAACUAUUGUGCACCAGCUCUGAAACUGGAAGAUCUUUGCAAAAAAGACUAAAAAUAAUACAAAAACCAAGUCAAGAGUCAAGUCCUGGUUUAGUCCUGGUUUAGUCCUGGUUUAGUCCUGGUUUAGUCCUGGUUUAGUCCUGGUUUAGUCCUGGUUUAGUCCUGGUUUAGUCCUGGUUUUGAAAUUAGCCAAGACUGAGGCAAGAUCAUGGAUGGACUUUUAUCAUGUGGACAGCAUUUAAAACCAAUGUAACCCCAAAAACUACAACAAUCACACAAAGAAGACUUUAGUUAUGGUUUGGACAUGGUUUGGACCUGGUUUGGACCUGGUUUAGACCUGGUUUAGACCUGGUUUAGACCUGGUUUAGACCUGGUUUAGACCUGGUUUAGACCUGGUUUAGACCUGGUUUAGACCUGGUUUAGACCUGGUUUAGACCUGGUUUAGACCUGGUUUAGUCCCACCACAAUAACUCAGAAUCUGUACAAAAAACAGGACUUCAGGGGUAAUGGCUGCACGUUUCUCAACCUCAACAAAAAAUAGUAAAAAGUGCAAAAAAUGGACUCAAACUUGCUCACAUUUUUAAGAACUGAAGACGUCGGUGGAGAAGACUGUCUCUGGAAUUUAUUUGAACUUUUUAAACUAAAAAAAUCAAGAAAAUGCUAGAUUUCCUACAUACAAGACGUCUUUGUUUCACCAUUUUGCAGUGAGUUUGAUGGACGAGAGGAGACAGUUAUUCAAUAUUUUGGGAUAUUUGUGGGAUUAAUUAUGGUGAACAAGACUAAAAGAAAACAUUUGGGAAUUUGGGAAUUUUUGGUUUUGAAAUCUUGUUGUCUGGGGGGUUUUUUUUGAGAAUUUUUGUGAAAAAAAAUUUCAAGUCAAUGUGGUAUUUUGAGAUUUAUAUGGACACGCCUUUGUGUGGUACUUGUACAUAGUGAGUGUAUUUCCAUAAGAGAUUUUGAGCUGGUUUAGACCUGAUUUAGUCCAGGUUUGUCCUAGUUUAAUCAUUUUACUUUUAGCCCUCGUUUAGACUUGAUUCACAUCUAGUUUAGUCCUGGAUUUGUCCUGGAUUUGUCCUGGAUUUGUCCUGGAUUUGUCCUGGAUUUGUCCUGGAUUUGUCCUGGAUUUGUCCUGGAUUUGUCCUGGAUGAUUCUGGUUUAUUCUUUACCAGGACUAAACCAAGACAAAACUGGGUUAAGACCUAGUUUAGUUGUGGUUUAGUCCUGGUUAAGACCUAGUUUAGACCUGGGUUGGCACUAGUUUAGUUUUAUCCUUGGUUUAGUCCUGUUGUAAUCCUUGUCCUGGUUUGACUUGGUUUAGUCCUUGUUUACAACUAGAUUAGUCUUAGUUUAGUUUAGGUCUAGUUUAUUCCUGGUUUAGACCUGUUGUAAUCCUGGUUUAGUCCUGGUUUAACCCUUUAACAUAUUUUAUCACAAAUUUCACUUUCUUUUCUGUGUUUAUUUAACUCUCUCAAAAUUGCUGAUGCAUUAUGGGUAAUAUUCUCACUGUUUAUAAGUACCACACGUUUGACAUUGAACCGUCUUUGAAUCAGAACUCAUAGAGGCACGUUCACAGUCGUGUGUCUCUUGGUGCUUUGAGCAGGACUCUUGUGUCUGGGCUGCAGUACUCAGAUAUUAUCACAUAUUUAUUCACUGUUUGUUGUUUCAUGGUGUUUUUGUGAGAAUCUAAAAUCUAAAACCUGUUUCUGGUUGAACCAAAGCGACAUCUCAAACCUCCAUUCUAAAAAACAGUAGCAAAGUGCAGAACGCAGAGGAAGCACCAGGGGGCAGGCUAGUCCCUAUCUCACAAGUCCUGGUUAAGACUGGGUUAAGACCUGGUUUAGUCCUGGUUUAGUCCUCGUUAAAACUUUUCAUUUCUGGAGUAGACCUCUUUAAAAUUGAGUUUAGUCCUAGUAGAGUCCUGGAUUAGACCAGUUUUAGUUUUGUUAGUCCAGUUUUAGACCUGGUUUAUACCUGACUAAGAUUGGUUUUAAACGUGGUUUAGUCCUGGCUCAGCCCUGGUCCAGCCCCAGUUUAGUCCUGGUUUGGCCCUGGUUUAGUCCUGUUUCAGCCCCUAUUUACACUCGCGUUAGCCUUGGCUUAGUCCUGGUUUUGUCUCGGUUUAGCCCCGCUUACUUCCAGUUUAGUACUGGUUUGGUUCCGGUUUAGGUUCAGUUUAACCCUGGUUUAGUCCUGGUUCAGUCCCUGGUUUAGUCCUUGUUUAGCCCUCGUUUAGUCCCAGUUUAGCCCUGGUCCAGUCCUGGUCUAUUCCUGGUUUAGUCCUGCUUCAGUCCUGCUUCAGUCCUGCUUCAGUCCUGCUUCAGUCCUGCUUCAGUCCUGCUUCAGUCCUGCUUCAGUCCUGGUUCAGUCCUGGUUUAGUCCGGGUCUGUUCCCUCCUGUUGCCUCUGUGUUUCUUGCACUGAUCCAAACUUGUAGCACUCAGAGUUUUCAUAUUUUUCAUAUUUUUCUAAAGGAUUUGAAUGUGAUGUGAUUUUGAACCGGCUCCAUCGUGUCGAUGUUAUUUUAGUGUAAAUAUCUCAACCAUCUCUUUGUAUAACCACAAAAUUGUAAUCUUUUAAAAAAAAAACAAAAAGGGAAUUUCAAUCCACGUCUGACUAUUAUAACCGAAAUGCAGAAUUAUUACUCAAAUAUCUGUACAUUUGUGUUUGUGAAAAAGCAUUUAAACAAGAAAGAUUCAGGGUUUAGUUGUUAUUAAAGAAACUGUCAGUGCUUUCCAAUUACCUGGAUUAGACCUGGUUUAGAUCUCAUUUAGACCUGGUUUAGUCCUGACUUGACCGGGCUUAAAUCAGUGAUUAACCUGGGCUAAACUAAGGUCUAGUUCCGGUUUUGUCCUGGUUUAAUCUAGAUUUGUUCCUAGUUGUAAACUGAUUUGCUUUAACCCAGGUUUAGUCCUGGUUCAGUCCUGGUUCAGUCCUGGUUUAGUCCUGGUUCAGUCCUGGUUCAGUCCUGGUUUUGCUCCUUGGUAAGUGCUGACAGCUCAGUUGUAAUAAUAUGUAAGAAAGUAUUUAUUCACAUUCAUUUUUUUGUUGUUUUGAAGUUCUUUGUAGCUUUGGUCAAAAGGAGUGAGCGCUUUGACGACAAGAAAGGAGCUUUGACAACAGAAUUGAUGUGGAACAAUUACUCUUUUGUUUACAAUUUUGGGUUUCCUCUUGGGAUUUAGGGGAAAAAAUCUUAAACUUUCCGAGAGAUUUAUUUAACUUUUUAUUGCCAGGAUAAGAUUAUUUUUAUUUUAUUUUUUGUCUAGUUUAAAGCCUAUUUCUGUUAUAAUUUAGUCCUGGUUUAGUCCUGGUUUAGUCCCGGUUUAGUCCCGGUUUAAACUGGUCUCUUUAUUGCACUGUUGUCACUUUUUUAUAAUUUCACACUAAUGUCUGGACGUUUUUGUUCCAUGUCUUAUGAAAAUGUAUUUAACUCUCAAAUUCUUCUGAAAUUUCUGCCUUUUUAAUGACGACAGCUCUUAUUUUGAAAGGGUAGCUCUAUUUCCUGCCUUCAGUAACUUUCAAAGCGGGUCUCUUCUCAUGCUCAAUUUUAAUUUUGCACUAAAUAUUUUAAUUGUUUUAUGCAAAUGUGUGUUUCAUCAAAGUUUGUCAUCAAUAAAUGUUU